ACUGUGUAGUUAUAUUUUAUAAGCUAAAAAGCUAGGAAAUGGCAGAAAUUUCGAAUUCCACUGUGUUUACAAACGAUGCAUCCUCUACUGGUGCUUCCGAUCUUCUUCAACAAGCGUUCCAACAAGUUGUUGAUGAUGAUGAUCAGAACAAUGAAUUCGUCGCAUUUUUACAAAAUGACGACAAUGAUUCUCAAACCAUUCACUUGACUCCGGAACAGGCAGCGGCCUUAGGGUUAACUUUCGAGGUAAAUUCGGGUGAGGAGGUUAUGUAUCAACAGGAUCAAGAUAAUACCAUUUCAACUCUACAACAGAAUGUUUCAACAAAGAAUAACAUUAAUAUACAGGACCAAAAUUCAUUAUCUUCUCAAGAUUCUAUGACAAUUGAUCAGUUAAAUUAUCAACCAGAAGAAGUACACAAGUCUAAUGUUAAUGAAUUGAUUAAAACAGAAUGUAUUGAUUUCCAAGAAUGGCAUAUGCAAAAAGUGUCCGAUAAUGAACAUCUUCAAGUUCAAAAAUUUGAUAAUGAUUUAUCAUUAGAAGAAGUAAGCUUACAUGAUCAAAAUCAUGAAACUCAAUUGAUUGAACAUCAAAAUAAUAUGAUUCAACAGAAUUCAGGUACACAGACAAUAGUUUUAGAACAAUCUAAGGUACAUGCAGUAAAGACAGAUGUUGCACAUAUUAAAAAUAUUCAUGAGAAUGAUUUACAAUAUACUAUUGAAGAUAGCAUAGCACAAAAUCAACUUAAUACAAUACCUAAUUCUCAGGCACAAAUCUUACAGAAACUGCCUGUGAUUUUACCAUCUUCACAAUUUAUUAUAAAACCUGCACAAACUAUACUCAAGCCAGCUAAAAAUAUUAGAUUAUUUCAAGGUUCAAACAAACUUACUAAUGCCACUGUUAAUCCUAUUAGUACUGUACAUUCGCUUAAUGCCAAUUCUAAUCCUAAUUCUGUAUUACUUUCAAAGGCAACUAUAUUAAAUAACUUGUCCCCACAAAUAAUAAAAGCCACUCCCAUAACAGCUCAGUUAUUAAAUACCAGUGGUAUAUCUGCACAGCUUUUGAACACUUCUCAGAUAAUAACGGGUACUUGUGAAAUACAGAAUCAGUCUGUCAGUACACCGCAUAUUACUAAUACUAUAGUAAAUUCAAUGUCUGGAACAACACAGAAUCUUGUUACUUCGCAAAUACGUUUAUCGCCGAUUGUAAAAACAUCUCAACCUCUUCAGAGAGGAAAUGUUCAACAAUUUUUAACUCCGGUGCUAAAAGGUACAUCAAAUGUGCUUCCAAAGACUAACCAAAUUAUAAACAAUACAAGUGUAGCAACAGCUAUUCCUGCACAAUUUUUGAAGUCAGUACAAAUUCAUCCCCAAUUAAUUAAAACAAAAGCCACGAUUAGUAAGAAAACUGCUAUAGCAACUGGAAUGCCAAAAGCUACAGUUAAUUCAAGCGCACCGGUUGUGCUUCGUGCUGCAUCAAUCGUUAAAAGUCAAGAUUUGAAAACCGCAACGACAAGUUCUACAUCUAUUUUAAAACCAACUCAAAUUUCUUCAACACCAAUAUCUAUCUUGAAACCUCAAGCAAAAAUUGCAUUUAAUAAUUCAACCAAGCAAAAUGUAACUGUGACUACUCAAAAUGAUACUAACAUUUCAAACAACUCUGUAAAUGUUUCACCAAAAUCAUCUAUUGUACAACAAGCUGGUGUACUCGAAUCUGGUAAACCACUGCAGAAUGAGGCUAUUAAACAUAAACUUAAUCUCAUAGUAAAUGGCACAAAUCUUAAAAUGAAUAAAAAAAUUAAAACUACUCCAAUUAAAUCAACAGUACUAAGUGAAUCUUCGGACGCAUCAAAACCACUUGGCUCUAGUGAGAAUCCAAUACAAAUAGUUCAACAAGGACAAACAUUUCAUAGUAUGCAACGUUUGACACCAACACAGUUGAAACAAAUAGCACAUGUAUUGCAACAACGCAGUCAAGAAGCAGCUGCUUCAAAUGAAAGAGUUGUAUAUAGAGUUGUAUUUCCUGAAGAACUGGAUUUGCGAAUUAGAAAUCCUAAUAACUUAUUAAAAAGCCGUGGUGGAAAAAGAGGCAGACCAAAAAAAAGUGCUGUUAGACCUUCUUCCUUGCUACCACCUAAGCCACCACCGAUUCCUGAUGAAGAACAAGAAGAAAUAAAAGAUGAAAGAAAAAAGGUUGUAGCCAGAACACGAUCUGGCAGACUUUCUCGGCCUCCAAGGCACAUGGUACGAGAUUACAAACAUUUACAUCAUUUAGAUUUCCUGCAACCUGAUUUAGACGAUUCAGACGGUGGUUACAGUGAUUAUAAUACUAAUAACGAUAAACUUGAAGAAGAAGAGUCUCCUAAGGAAUUAUUAACAGGCUUAGAAGUACCAAAACGUAAAAUAUCAGAUCAUUUUAGAUGUCCUACGUGUAAUAAAAUAUAUUUAGGACGCACUCGUAUGGCGAGGCACUUUGAAAUGCAUCCUGAUCAUGGUAGUCCCGAACAACUACCUCCCCCAACGCCUGAACCUGAAUUAAAACAAAGCGGAGGGCAAGAUCCUUUGAAACGUAAGGGAAAGAAGCGGGGCCCUUGGGCAUACGUUACACCGGAAGCUAAGUCAGAAAGACGUCAGAUAAAGUUAAGAGAAGCUAUUUCUGUAUGCGAAGAUCUUGAGAUAAUAAAGAUAGCAGCAAAGCCAGUACUUAAUGCACAAUCACUGUUUGAUCUGUUAGUACUGAAAUCAGAAAAUAACGUAAGAAAUUUUUUGGAUGAAUUAAAACAAUUAAUGGAUAAGAUACGGGAAAAGGCUGGAACAAUGUUAACAAGUACGAAUAGCGACGAAGAAUCAAAUAAGGAUUUGAUUGACAUCAGUGAAGAAUCUCUUUGUGAUGCUUUGGGUCUUAAUCCUGGUUUAUAUAAAAUUAAUAACGAAGCUCUGAAGAAGGUUGAGACUCCUAUUUGUAGUACAUAUGAUAGCCGGGAACCUCCGCACAAGUUACAAAAAAUAGACAAUUCUGAGGAUGGUAAAGAAAAUUUGGAAGAACGAAUGUCUAGUGGAUUUUCUGAAAGUUCAGAUCUCAGUGUCUCAGACUUUCUGACUGAUAGAAGAAGCGAGGCUGUAACAAAUCCUACUUGUCCAGAGGUACUCUCUGCUUUAACUUUGAUGAGAAGAAAUCCAAGUCCUGUAAAUAGUACAGAGAAUAAUAAAUCUAACAACAUCUCGAAACUUUUAAUCUCAAAUCCAGAGAUUCAGAAUCAAAUAUCAGAUAAUCCCGGUUUUCAAAAGGUCGAUAUCAGUUCGUCAAAAAUUUCGAACUAUCAAAAAUCAGAAAUUCGUAAAGAAAGUUUUACGAAAUUAGGGAACAGUUUAGGAUCAACAGACUUCUGUAAAGUUGAUGGUAAUUAUGAACAAUCUAAGUUAGAGCAUAUAGAGCAAACUUUCAUUAAAUUAGAACCGCCAGAACAGGGUUUUGUUAAGUUAGAAAAUGGUGCUAUGGAAACUUAUCCAAAACAAGAAACUGCACAUUUUGAGAACAGUAUAGAAAAUAGCACUCAGAACUUGGCUAAAGGGUUUCAAAAGUUAGUCUCGAAAAUAAUUCCUAUGACUUCGUCGGAUAUGAAUUGCAUUAAAACUGUAUCAUCUGAUACAAGUUCUAAAGUAAUGCCUGCUACAUCUAGUUGCAAAAUUUCAGACAACCUAACUAUGCUUCAAGAUACGGUACCAAUAAUUUCCAAUAAUUGUGAUACUAAUAUAUUUGGUAGUUCAGAAAAUUUGGAUAUGUCAAAAAUAACUCAGUACGACCAUAUUGCACACUUAGAUAUUUUAAGUACAAGUGGAGUGAUAGACAAAAAUCUAUUAAUCGAUGAAAAAUUAGUUGAACAACUGCAUCUAGUAGAUCAAUCAAAUUUAGUCGAUGAAUUAGUAUCGGAACGACUAAAAAAUAUUAUGCCAGAUAAUAUAUUAGAAAAUAAUUUGAUACCAAAUAAUUCAAAUUUAGACGCGGAUCUUGAUUUCGAAGCGUUAAGCGAAGAAUUUAAUAGGAAUACCAGAAGUUGAUUCUUGGAUAAUUUCCAGCAAGAUGUUCCUAA